AUCGAUUGGCCAUUGGUAUGUAUGUCAUUUAGGUGAGGCUGAAUUUCCGAAAGGACAGCUUUUCAAUCUCGAUGCCACCUUUCGCCUACAUUCCUCCCCCAAUACUCCCACGACAAUCCUUCUUUCCAAGGUCGUUUUUGAUCUGUUUGUUUUACCACUUACCUUCCUUUCCCUGGUAUCUGUCGUUACAAGCCUACCUAUCCCGACCAGCUCGUUCGUAUCGGGCGUCUUUUCAUCAUGGUCCGGCUAUCGACACUGGCAUUCGCCGCCACCCUUCUCUCGGGGCAGUCCUUCGUGGCUGGCCUUGCCGAAUCGGACAUCCCAUCUGAUGCGCCUGUGUCUACACUUCUCGCCUCCGCGCAGGCCCAUCUCUCGAGGGGCCAGACCAGCGAUGCAUUGCUUUACUACAAUGCAGCCAUCGCGCGAGACCCCAGCAACUACCUCACCUUCUUCAAGCGUGCCUCCACCUUCCUGUCCUUGGGCCGCACUUCGCAGGCGACCGACGACUUCAACAAGGUUCUGUCGCUGAAGCCCGGCUUCGAGGCCGCCCACGCCCAGCUGGGCAACCUCAAGGCACGGAGCGCCGACUGGGAUGCGGCGAGGGAGCAGUACCUCCUGGCCAAGAAGACGCCGUCGGAGUACAAGGAGUUUGCGGAGCUCGAAGCAGCUGAAGGCGCUGCCAGUCUGGCUGAGUCGGCGGAGAAGAGCGAGGACUGGGAAGGGUGCGUCAGCAAUGCCGAUGCGGCGAUCCAGGUCGCGAACCGCGCCCUCCGAUUGAGGGAGAUGCGCUCGCGGUGCCGCUUCGAGGCCGGCCAGAUACAAGGGGGCGUCAGCGAUUUGCUCCACGUCCUGCAGAUGAACCCGGGUGACACAUCUCCGCACGUCAAGAUCGCGGCAAUCUAUUUCUACGCCAUGGCGGACAGAGCAGAGGGCCUCGCGCAGAUCCGCAAGUGCAUGCAUUCGGAUCCCGAGUCCAAGGUCUGCAAGAAGGUGCUGAAGGAAAUGAAGGCCACCGAAAAGACAAUAAACAAGGCCGAGAAGGAACUUCGGGAACAACAGCCCCUCACCGCUUCCAGGAAAUUGGUGCCACAUAAAGACGAGAAAGGCUUGAUCGUGGAGGUGAGGGCCCGGGUGCAGGCGUUCCUGGAUGACGGGACAAUUCCGAAGUCGGCCGGUAACGCCCUUGUCACCAAGCUCGUGGGAAUGGCCUGUGAAGCAUUUUACAACAUGGACAGUAAAAAGGCCAAGGAGUAUUGUGCCGAGUCGCUCGAACUGGAUGAGAACUCGUUCUACGGCCUGUUGUAUCAGGCCAAGUCGCAGCUCGAGGCAGAGGAAUACGAAGCGAGCAUCAACACGCUCAACAAGGCCGCUGAAGGCGCCGACCAGGAGAGGCAGCAGAUCGUCAGGCCCCUAUUACAAAAGGCCGAGUUGGAGCUGAAGCGCAGCAGGACGAAGGACUAUUACAAAGUCCUGGGGGUUGCGCGGGACGCGGACGAGAGGCAGAUCAAGUCGGCAUAUCGGAAACUGUCGAAGCAACAUCAUCCAGACAAGACUGGGAGGGCUGGUCCGACUGGGCCGACGAAGGAGGAGGCCGAAAAGAAAAUGGCUGCCAUUAACGAGGCGUACGAGGUCCUCAGCAACCCGGAAUUACGAGAGCGCUUCGACCGUGGCGACGAUCCUAAUUCACAGGAGCAGCGGAAUCCGUUCCAGGGCAGCCCAUUCGGCGGCGGCCGACCGUUUAUGUUCCAGCAAGGCAGCCCGCAGUUUCAGUACCAGUUUGGUGGCGGCUUCCAUUUUUGAAGGCCAUGGACCCAAGCCCCCUUCUACGUUUUUCCCUCCCUUUAUUUCUUUAUGGCAUGUUAGGCGCACAAGAAGGAGUUACGGUGUUGAAGAGGAGCCUCCACUUCGGAGCUUACUCCGAGUGAUGACAACCGGAGAAAGGCCGAUAGCCGCGGGGCCUAAUAAGAUGAGGGUCGGCAUUCGCUUUCAUGUGCCUAGUUGUUUGCGCUCGCAUUUCGCGCAGUGCUGGCGCGCAAUAUGCCGUCCAGUUUGCGGUGCAUCAAUCGACUUUAGGAUACUAGAACCCUUGGGGUUGAUAUCAUAUGUGAGCAUGACGACGGACUUUGACCACUGGUCGAGUUUGGGGCCGUGAUGAUUGCUUGCAUGCUGCUAAUUGCGAUGGGGGCCAAACGAGC